AUUACAAAUUAGAAUGAUGUCUUCACGAACUCCUACUAACAAACUUGACUGGGAAAACAUUGGAUUUCAAUAUCGUGAUACUAAUGGUUUUGUUAAAUAUACUUGGACUCCUACUACUGGUUGGGAUGAAGGCGUGUUUUUGACAGACCCCAUGUUGAAUGUUCAUGUUUGUGCUACUGGUUUACACUAUGGUCAACAGUGUUUUGAAGGUUUAAAAGCUUUCCGUGACAAGGAUAAUCGUGUUCGUAUUUUUCGACCUCGUUUGAAUGCAGAACGUAUGCAACGUAGUGCGGAUAUGGCCUAUAUGCCUCGUGUUCCUGUAGAAAUCUUUGAACAAGCUGUACGUCGAACGGUAGAAGCCAAUUUGGAAUAUGUUCCUCCCAAAGAAUCUGGUGGUUCCUUUUAUAUUCGUCCUGUUCUAUUUGGUAGUGGUGCUUUCAUUGGUAUGGGUGCUGCUCCUGAAUUCAACUUUAUUGUCUUUGGUAUGCCUGUUGGAAAUUAUUAUAAGAGUGGUGUUGUUCCUGUAGAUGCUCUUGUGAUCGAAGAUUUUGAUCGAACUGCGCCAAAGGGUACUGGUGCUACCAAAGUAGGAGGAAACUAUGCACCGACCUUCGGACCUAUGCAUCGUGCCAAGGAACAAGGAUAUCCCAUCACAUUACAUUUGGAUAGUAAAACAAAUUCAUACAUUGACGAAUUCUCUACAUCAAACUUUGUGGCAUUGACUCAUCCUGAUCCUGUGACCAAGAAACGAACAUUUGUAACACCCAACUCUAGUACUGUUUUACAAUCCGUUACUCGGUUAUCCUUGGAAGAUAUUGCUGAAAAAAAUUUAGGUUGGAAUGUGGAAGAAAGACCAGUCAAGUUUGAAGAAUUAGAACAAGGCAAGUUUGAUGAAGUGGCUGCUGUGGGUACUGCUGCUAUUUUAACUCCUAUUCGUAAAAUUGUUCGUGGCGACAAGGUGAUCAGGAUUGGUUCUGGUGUGCAGACUGAAAUUGGUGAAGGCUUUGCACACCUCUAUAAGGAAUAUCGUGGUAUUCAAUCUGGUGAUCUUCCUGAUACUUUUGCUUGGAUGUGGCCAUCUGAAGGUUUAUAGUUUAGUUACUUUUAUUAUUAUUUAGUGAUUGUGUUAGAUUAUACAAAUAAAUGAUCAUCUAUUAAAAUCAUUGAAAAAAA